AUGGGAGUAUCGCAUCCCUGCCGGCUGGCCCACCGCAAGGCAUACAUACAGAUAGCUCAUCCGCCCUCAAGAUCCGAAGCGACUACCAUCUUCCCAACCGAGACACCUGCUUAUGCUACGUAUUGCGACUCGGCUGAGGGGUAUUAUGAUGCUUGUUCUCGCGCUGGCGUUACUGCUAUUACCACUACUCUGACAACACCUACUGAAACAGAGACUAGUGAAGAGGGUGCGUGUCGUGCUGCUUCGCUGGUUAAGAGAGCUGGUGAAGGUCUGGGAUAUCAGUUUGAGGAUGAUUGGGAUGUCAUCCGUAUGCCUGGGUGGAGGUGCUUUUGA